CGCCCGGUUCAGGAACUACAUGAGAUCAUACAGCCUAUGCAUGAGAUGCUACAUGGGGUAGCUACAAAGUUACCCAAAAUCAAGACACGUACAACGUGUGACGUUCUCAAUUGUAGAUCGCUUUUUGAUAGAUUUUAUUUCAACCGAAAAUAAAUAAAUUGAACACUCGGAAACGUUUCGAAUGUUGAACGCACCAAAGGGGGCAGAACCUAACUUCCGGGUAGCGACAAAGCUUGGGGGCAAGCUGCAAAUCAAACCAUGAAUUUUUGUAAAGGCAUUCGGUCCCACGUCCGGAGAAGUCUGUGCUAUGUCAAGCCUUUACGUCCUGCGUGUCGAGCAUCAGAGAGACACCUCUGCACAUCAAAAAACGACGAGGUACGUCUGGCAGAAGAGGCGAGCCGGAAAUAUGGGUCUCCAACUCCAACCAUUUUUUCCAAAGUGAUUGACAAGAGUAUUCCUGCAGAUAUAAUUUAUGAGGAUGAAAAGUGUGUUGCCUUCAGAGAUAUCGGCCCUCAAGCCCCUGUGCACUUUCUGGUCAUUCCCAGAGUCCCUAUUCCAAGAAUAAGUGAGGCCAAAGAUGAUGAAGCUGAGCUUUUAGGGCACCUCCUGGUGGUUGCAAAGAAUGUGGCAAAGAAAGAGUCCUUAGAGGAAGGUUACAGAGUGGUGAUCAAUGAUGGGAAGCAUGGGGCCCAGUCCGUGUACCACCUUCACAUCCACGUUCUGGGAGGGAGACAGAUGAGAUGGCCUCCAGGCUAGAAGAUGUCUGUUUUUGUCCAGGAUUACUUGUUGACCUUGGCCUUAGAGACAACCUCAUGAUCUGCUUGAAAAAAAAAACAAUUAUUUGAACCGAUGUGGACAAAUGAUUUAUUAUGUAUUCAGAAGAAUGUAAAUAAAUGUACAGUUGAAAAGAAA